AUGAGCACAGCCAAUACGCAGGCGGCAUUGCCCGACGAGAUGGGAAGGUUCGGAGAGUUUGGGGGGCGCUUCGUGCCGGAGACGCUGAUGAGCGCGAUCGAGGAGCUUGAGCGGGAGUACGCGGCGGCGCAGACCGAUGAGGCGUUUCAGGCGGAGAUGCGCUCGCUGUUGGAGCAUUAUGUGGGGCGACCGACGCCGCUGUACUAUGCGGAGAACCUGAGCGCUGAGCUUGGGGGGGCGCAGAUAUACAUCAAGCGCGAGGACCUGGCGCACACGGGCGCGCACAAGAUUAACAACGCGCUGGGGCAGGCGCUGCUUGCGAAGCGGAUGGGCAAGAACCGCAUCAUCGCGGAGACGGGUGCGGGGCAGCACGGGGUCGCUACGGCGACGGUGUGCGCGAUGCUCAAGCAGGAGUGCAUCGUCUAUAUGGGCGAGGAGGACAUCCGCAGGCAGGCGCUGAAUGUGUUCCGCAUGCGACUGCUGGGAGCGGAGGUGCGCUCGGUGUCGUCGGGGAGCCGCACGCUCAAGGACGCCAUCAACGAGUGCAUCCGCGACUGGGUUACGAAUGUGGAGGACACGCACUAUCUGAUUGGGCAGCGUGGUGGGGCCGCAUCCGUACCCGAUGAUGGUGCGGGACUUUCAGAAGGUGAUAGGGAUUGA